AUGGCUUCCCUCGCCAAGCACUUUGUCAACGACCCGACGGCCCUCGUCCACGCCGGCCUGCGCUCGGUCACUUACGCCAACCCGGCCGUCGCCCUCGACGAGGCCAACAAGAUCCUCUACGAGCGUGCCACCUCGCCCAAUGUCUCCAUUGUCUCGGGCGGCGGCUCCGGCCAUGAGCCCAGCUUCGGCGCCAUGGUCGGCCCGGGCCUGCUGACGGGUGCCGUUGCAGGCACCAUCUUUGCCUCGCCGUCCGCCGAGCAGAUCCGCACGGCCAUCACGCUGCUCGCCUCGCGUUCGGCCGCCGCCGGCCACAACGCCGGCGUCCUCGUGACGGUCAUGAACUACACGGGCGACGUGCUCAACUUUGGCAUGGCUGUCGAGAAGGCACGCGCCGCGGGCGUGCCCGUCCGCAUGGUGGUCGUGGGCGACGACGUGGGCGUGGGCCGGGCCAAGGCGGGCAAGGUCGGCCGUCGCGGCAUUGCGGGCACGGUGCUCGUGCACAAGAUCAGCGGCGCGCUGGCAGCGCGCGGCUUUGCCCUCGACAAGGUCGCGGGCGUCGCCCAGCUGGUGGCCGACAACCUCGUGAGCGUGGGCGCCAGCCUGGAGCAUGUGCACGUGCCGGGCCGGUCGGUGACGGACACGGCAGACGACGCGCUGGCGGCGGACGAGGUGGAGAUUGGCAUGGGCAUCCACAACGAGCCCGGCUCGGAGCGGGCCAAGGGCCUGGCGCUGCCGGCGUUGGUGCGCACGAUGCUGCGGCAGCUGCUGGACGCCAAGGACAGCGACCGGGCGUUUGCGUCGAUUGGCGAGGGCGAGGACGUGGUGCUGCUCGUCAACAACCUGGGUGCCGUCAGCGUGCUCGAGAUGGGCGGCAUAGCAGCCGAGGUGGUCGAGCAGCUGCGCGACGACUACAAGCUGCGCCCGCGGCGCGUGCUGAGCGGCACGUACAUGACAAGCCUCAACGGCCUAGGCUUCAGCAUCAGCCUGCUCAAGGUGCCGCGUGACACGGGCCUGGGCGCCGACGUGCCGUCCCUGCUGCAGCUGCUCGAUGACCCGGCCGAGGCCACGGGCUGGUCGUCACCCAUCCCGGCCGCAACCUGGGACGCGGCCGCCAAGGCGACACCGGACGACAAGGCAUCGGCUGCGUCGGCUGCAUCGGCUGCUGCGGUGGACGCGGCCUCCGGCACGGCGCCCAGCAACCUCAAGGCGGACGGCGCGGCAUACAGCCGAGCCCUGCAGCGCGGCCUGCAGCGCGUGAUUGCGGCGGAGCCGGAGAUUACGCAGUACGACACGGUGGUUGGCGAUGGCGACUGCGGCACGGGCAUGAAGCGCGGCGCCGAGGCCAUCCUCGAGCACCUGUCAUCCGCGCCGCUGACGGGCGACGUGGUGGCAGACGUGGCCGGCAUCGUCCCCGUCGUCGAGCGCUCCAUGGACGGCACGUCGGGCGCGCUCUACGCCAUCUUCCUCAACGCGCUCGUGCACGCGCUGCGCCAGCAGUCUGCGGCGGCAUCGGGCUCGACGGCGCCCGACUGGGCGGCCGCUCUGCGCCAUAGCUGCGACACGCUUUCGCGGUACACGCCCGCCCGCCCCGGCGACCGCACCCUCGUCGAUGCUCUCUACCCGUUUGUCGACAAGCUGGCCGCGUCGGGCAGCUCGGUGGCCGAUGCUGCGGCGGCGUCGCGCGCGGGUGCCGAGCACACCAAGGGCAUGAAGGCCAGCCUGGGCCGCACGGUAUACGUCGGCGGCAGCGGCUUCGAGAAGGUGCCUGACCCAGGUGCAUGGGGCCUGGCCUGCUUCUUUGAAGGGCUGGCAGAGUGA